AAUGAUGAAGAAAAAUCCUUCUCUAUUGAUAUAAAAGCUAAUUAAAGAAAAAAUAUUGUUAAGAAAAAAAAAACACUCUAAAAAAUUAAUUAAUAUAAAGAAGAAAAAGGAAAACAAAUAGAUUAGAUUAUAAGGAGAACUUCUAUUAAAAUGUACUACCAUCACUAUCCUCAAUCUUAAUUCAUGGGCGAUGAAGAUGCAGAAUUUAGAAGCCAUGUGCAUCCUCAUGUUGCUCAUCAUCCCUAUCAUAGAUACUAUGAAUAGCCUUAUGUUAACUAACCUAUGGUCUCUAGAUUUGCUAUCCCUCACAUGCCUUAAUAAAGACCCAUGCUUCCAAUUUACAAAGGCUAUCAUACAAGUCACAUUCAUAACUUACCUGCUAAAGCUAGCUAAAGAGAGUAGAAUUAUAGCAUGCAAGAUGAGAAUAUCAAUACUUUUAAUGUUAAAGCUCCCUAAUAGUAAGAGUGUCCAAAGCUCAACCGCAAAGGAAUUUCUAAAAAGAACAACACUCCUAAGAAUUAAGCUAAUGAAAAAAAAUAAAACGAAGUUAUCAAAUCAAAAGGAAAUAAAAAGGAAGUUCAAUAAAGAGAACCUCUUAGAAUGAUGUCUAAUGAAAACGCUUAAGUUAGAGGACAUUAUUAUCCCCAAUAGUAGGUCUUCAGUAACGAUCCACUUGUUGGUUCUAUUUAGCAAUUCUUCCCUUCUGUGUAGAUAGAAGAGGAAAUAAACAUCGAUAAUGCUAGUCUUGAAUAAAUAGAUGCUUUGAUCAAGAAAUUACCCUUUUUCUACAAUAACUCUAUGAGAGAUACCAUGAAGAAUUUAACUUAUAAACAAGAAAAGCUUGUUUGUAAUAAAAUAAAGGAGCAAAAAUAAAUUGAUGUAUUCGACGAAAUCGUAAAAUUAAGUCCUGACUUUGAGUUGAAAGGAUUAUCUAUGCAGUAGUUAAAUGAAAAACUCUAACAAAUCAAUUAAAAAUUUGAAGAGUAAGCUUUGAAGUAUCAAAUUUAAAAGAAAUAAGAUGAGGAAGCAGAGUUAAAGCUUGAAGAAGAAUUGUUAUGCUAAAGUGAAAUUAUGGCACCUGAAUCUCCCACUUUUAAAAAAUCUCAACCUAAGGCUAGAGAAAUAUCUACUCCUUCUUCAGUUUAGAAAAGUUAAACAUUUUAAUCUAAAACAUAAGCAGCUGCUUUUGAACUAGAAGAUCAAAUUGAAACAAAAAGUGCCAAAAAAGCUAAAUUAGAAACAAACGAAUGCUCCACUAUUAAUGCACAGAUUGCCAGUAUUCCUGCACCAUAUGGAUUUUCAAGUCCAAAAUAAUAAAAAGCAUUUUGUGAGUCUUUGAGUGAAGAAAAGAAAGUAAAAAUGAUGCCUUCUAGCUCUGAAUGCAAAAGACACCAUAUCAGAAGAAAUAGUGAGAGUGUUGGAACUAAUGAAAGUGGCCAUCAUAGCCAAAUUAAGCUUACAAUAAACGUAAAUUAAAACUUGUCUGCCAACUUUAUCUCUCCUUUCCGUCCAACAAUAAAUGCUAACAUUUAAGGUCUCUCUUCUAAUCGCAAAAAAUUAAUUGACAAGAGUGGAAAUUCUUGUUCUUCUUUCAAGAAGACCCACAGUUAGUUCAUGGAUUACAUAGAUGACGUGAUAAUAAAUGCUGAUGGUAAUUUUGGAGAAGAUGACAUUUUCCAUAAGCUUUCAAAUGGAGUUGUACCUAUUUACCCUAUUAGCAAAAGUGGAGUAAAAAAUUGCAACAGUGAAUAAAGUGGAAGUAAAAUUAACUAAGGAAUAAAUAGUGAAAGUCGUGAUCAUUAAAACUAAUUAGAUAGCUACAAUAAAAAUAAAAAGAAAUUUUACGAUUGUAAUAGAAUCCAUAACUUUAUAGCUGAUGAAGAUGACUACGAAAAUAUAUAACCAUUUGCUGUUUCAUAAUUUGGAGGUAGUAGCAAUAGUAAACAAUACAUAAAUUAAUAAUACUUAAAUAAUUCUAAUUUAAAGUCAUACCAUAUAAGUUCUACUACAUACACUAUCUCAUCUUUUCUUAGAGAAAUAGAUGAAAUUAAUACCUUCUCCUAAGGUGGUUUCCUUUGA